AUGGCGACCCAGAUGAGCAAGAAGAGAAAGUUUGUUGCCGAUGGUGUUUUCUUUGCUGAAUUGAACGAGGUUCUCACCCGUGAACUCGCUGAAGACGGUUACUCUGGUGUCGAGGUUAGGGUUACGCCGAUGAGGACUGAAAUCAUCAUCAGGGCUACUCGCACCCAAGCUGUUCUCGGUGAGAAGGGAAGGAGGAUUAGAGAGCUUACCUCUGUGGUUCAGAAGAGGUUUAAAUUUCCAGAGAACAGUGUUGAGCUUUAUGCUGAAAAGGUUAACAAUAGAGGACUAUGUGCUAUCGCUCAAGCUGAAUCGCUUCGUUACAAGCUUCUUGGUGGACUUGCUGUUCGUAGGGCAUGCUAUGGUGUUUUGAGAUUUGUUAUGGAAAGUGGUGCUAAGGGAUGUGAGGUCAUUGUCAGUGGAAAAUUGAGGGCUCAAAGAGCUAAAUCCAUGAAGUUCAAGGAUGGAUACAUGAUUUCCUCUGGUCAACCUGUCAAAGAUUACAUUGAUUCUGCAGUUAGACACGUGCUCCUCAGACAGGGUGUUCUUGGAAUCAAAGUCAAGAUUAUGCUUGAUUGGGAUCCUAAAGGGAAACAGGGUCCUAAAACCCCUCUCCCUGAUAUUGUCACUAUCCACACUCCAAAGGAGGAGGAGGAAUACAGACCAGCUCCUGCCGCCGUUUUGCCCACUGCCGAUAUUGAGGUGCCAGUUGCUUAA